AUGCAGAACGUGCAGCGUAAGUUCGGGAAAUUGAUGAAGCGAUCUGCCGACAGAUCAGAUGUCGGAGGCAUUCUAAGUGAAUUCAACACUGCGGACCAGGCCCUUGGUAGUUUCAUCGAUGCAACAAAAUCAUGGAGGGAUGGUUUAGACGAGACUUUGAAGACACAACUCUAUGUCGCAGAGACAUUGCACUUAUUGUACAAACCCAUCGAGGUCGAAGAUGAUCCGAACAAUCCUACACAGCAGAAAGCAGCUCCAACACCGCGAAAGUACUUAGAGAAGGCUGGAGAUUUGCAGACAAUCUACGCACAUCUUCAAAAAGAUCUGAGCACUGAGGUUAAUUCAAUCGAACCCAGACUUCUCAGACCUGCCAUGGAUGCCAAAGACUCUCUCAAGAUGCUCAAGAGAUCAAUCAAACGAAGAGAAGAUUUGAAACUCGACUAUGAGCGUUACAACUCACGUGUAGACAGCGCUCGACGCAAGGAAACAAGAUCUGCUAGAGAGGAGAACGCUUUGAUGAAGCAUGAGGCCGAUCUUGCUCGCACAAGUGCCGACUAUCAAGCUGCCGAUGAGCAGCUCAAAAAGGUGUUACCUCCUAUCUUGGACGGCUUAUCAAACCUUCUCCCACAUCUCCUUGCUAUACAGAUCAUGAUUCAGUACCAGCUGGUGGGACAAAUGUAUACUCAGCUCCACGAGUAUUGUCAGACACAUGGACUGCCUUCGCCCGCUCCAGCUCUGGAGCAGGUUAUCUCUACAUUUGAGACCGAGUUUACCCCGCUGAGGGAGGGAAUUGAGCGUAACAUCAAGACUAUCUCGGCUGGCAAAGCCAUACACCAACCUAUGAGUCUCCCAGACAAACAGCAAGGCACUGUUACCGGACUUGGUCUGCGCAAUCACUUUGCUCGUAGAACGAGCAGUUCAGGUUCAUUGCCUAAGCCCAGUGUGGUUGGAGGACAAUCACGCACCGGAGCGGUCGACAUUGAUGAUGAGCCAGCACCAGUCAAGCCUCCUAGACCUGGUCCCUCAAGUACACCUAGCACGUCAUCGACGCCUUUCUUGACGCCGUCUUCUGUAUCGCAUCAGAAUCAGGGGUCAGACUACUUCAGUAGAGAGAGCAAGGCUUCUACGUCUUCCGGAACAUUCAGUGUGUCGGGCAAGAAGAAGCCUCCACCACCUCCGCCCAAGAAGAGAGCUCAAUCGUUCCAGGGCGAGUUCGUCACAGCCAUGUAUGACUUUGCUGGUCAAGGUUCAGGGGACCUUUCGUUCCGUGAAGGCGACAGAAUCAAAGUGGUGAAGAAGACAGGAUCGACGGAUGAUUGGUGGGAGGGAGAACUUAAUGGAGAGCUAGGAAGCUUCCCUGCCAACUAUGUCAAGCUUGAUUAA